ACAGAUUUGUUCGUGAUUUGGUUCUUGGUUUAAGAUAAACUACGUACUUUCAACUUAAUUUACUGAGAGACUUUACAAGGCGAAAUUACUUAGUUUGUACUUAAUUUAUGCGUAAAUUAAGAUUGACCUCUAAAUUACGCUAAUGGGAACAUAGUUUUACAUAUAUUCUGAGAAAACAAAGUUUGGCGUUAGAUGCGCAGUCGCGAAAAUAAAUUAAUCAAAUAAAAAUAAAAUAGGUGAAUAAAGGAAUAAAGAUAAGAAUAAUGAACAAGCGAACUUUUCAAAAUGAAAUGGACGAUAUGGACGAAAAAAUAAUGGAAAACCAAAGACAGGUUGAAAGCCGCUUGGAUGUACUUGAUCAUCGCAUUGAUGCUAUGGAAAAGGUUUUGUGUGAAAAUAUGGCUAACAGGAACGAGACAAUGGCUCAAAAUCGCUUGAUGCGCGAGUGUAAAGUAAUUUUGGCGAAGGUGCAGCAGUCAGUUGGAAAAAUGACCGGCGACAUCGUUGAUGAAGGAAUAGUGGAAGUUGCUAGCGUACUUCCGUUUUUUACAAUAGAUGCUGCAAUGGAAGUGGAAGAAAAGCUGAAUGAGCACGAAUACGCCACUGCAAUGGUAAUUUUAACAUUCAAAUCAUGGUGGAAACUAAGUAACUAUUUUUUAAAACAGAAAACGCACAUACAUACACUGAAGCGCGCUUCUGGAGAAGUGGACCCUGUUAUGCGCAAAUUAUUUAUGUGUAUAUAUAUAUAUGUUUGGAUAUAAAUAUGUAAGGGACAUAAAACAUACAAAAUAAUUAAAAAUAUGAAAAGUUCGAAAAGAUAAGAAAAAAAUUUCAUUUGAAUAGGAUAAUCGUUUGGUAACACUACUGGUAGGUUUUGCGGUAAUCGCUUGGUAAGACUACCAGUAGGUUGUGCGGAAAUCGUUCGGUAAGACUACCGGUAGUUAUUGAGGUAUUCACUUCGUAGGAGUACUGAAAGAGUGAACAAGCUAUAUAUGGCUGAGUAUGACAUACGUGAAUGUGAAAAGAGUACAGAUACUCAACAAGAUUCACGACAAGAAGAGAGA